AUGGCAUACCCUCAAAAUUCAUAUCUUCAAACAACUUUCACCACUCCAGGAUUCAUCAGUAGAAGACGAGAUACCGUAUACUUAACAACCUUACUAUAUCAAUUGGAAGUUUUGAAAACCACUGGAAGAUACGAUGCGUUUAAAUUACAAUGGCAUCCAUCGUAUAAUGACGAACCGGAUGUUUGGCCAGUACCCAAUCAUCUGUUCUGGGACUCGGAUAUUGCGAAGUGGAUAGAAGGAGCUUGUUACUUUUUGCAGUGUGAGGAAAAUUCGGAGAUUGAUGCUGCGGUUGAGGAGUUGGUGGAUAUGAUUAGGUCUGCUCAACAGGAAGAUGGAUAUCUGAAUAUUCAUUUUACCGUUGUUGAGCCUGGGAAGAGAUUCACGAACUUAAGAGAUCUGCAUGAAUUAUAUAAUGCUGGUCACUUGAUUGAAGCUGCACUUGCACAUAAUCAAUAUUACAGGAAUAACCUCUUACUGGAGCCAAUUCUGAAAUAUGUUGAUCUACUAGCUUCAACCUUUGGACCGAAUCCAGAACAAAAACACGGAUACCCUGGUCAUCCUGAGAUUGAACUUUCUUUUCUACGUUUGUAUGAAAAGACAGGAGAUCCCAAACAUUUGAAUCUCGCAAGAUAUUUCAUAAAUGAGAGGGGAAAUCUAAAGGGACAAGAUGGUCGACAUUACUAUGAUGUAGAAGCGGAAGCGAGAGGCGAUCGACCAAAUGAGAUGCCAAAAUAUUUUCCUGAAAAGCGAAGCUAUUGGUAUCAACAAGCACAUGAGCCAAUAGUUGAGCAAGAAACUAUUGAAGGCCAUGCUGUUCGAGCAAUGUAUCUUUUAACAGCCGUCUCUGAUCUUGUACGAGUUGAUAACGCAGGAGAUACAGAAGCAAAAAGAACUGCAGUAGAGCGACUGUGGAAUAACAUGGUGCAAAAGAAGAUGUACCUGACAGGAGGAAUCGGAGCCAUAAAACAAUGGGAAGGUUUCGGGAUUGACUACUUUCUGCCUUCGGGUACAGACGAGGGCGGAUGUUAUUCAGAGACCUGUGCGGCUAUAGGGGUUAUGAUGCUUGCCGAGAGACUUUUGCAGCUUGAUUUGGACGGGAAAUACGCCGAUAUCAUGGAGCUGUGUUUCUACAACGCUGUUUCUACGGGUAUGUCAUUAAAUGGGAGACAGUUCACAUAUGUCAAUCAAUUAGCAUCAAGUGAUACCGAUCUAUCCCAACGGGCGAAGUGGUUCACAUGUGCUUGUUGUCCACCUAAUGUCACCAGACUUCUGGGGUAUAUUGGUGGCUACCUUUGGACUUCUUCUUAUGACGAAAAGAAGAAUUUCGUGGAAGUCAAUGUCCACAUGUAUGCUUCUGCAAUAUUGAAAAUCCAGGUAGCAGAGCACACAGUGGAGUUGGAACAAAAGACAAAUUGGCCAUGGGAUGGGAAUAUCCAAUUUGAAUUGAAGAAUCCUCAAAAGAUACCAACAACAAUCAGACUAAGAAUACCUGGCUGGGCAGAGGAAUGGACUAUACUCCCAAAGCUCGAAGGAGAUGGCCCAAAGCCCGUGAAAGGAUACUUAACCAUCCCCAAUGAUUAUCUGAAAGCACAUCCAGCAUUUCAACUGAACAUCCCACUAAAACCACGAUAUAUCUCACCACACCCAUACACGAACCAAAAUAUCGUAGCGCUAGCUCGUGGUCCAAUAGUCUAUUGUGUUGAGGAUUAUGAUAACCCGUGGGUAGAUGAUCAUUUCAAGAGUCUCUUGUUUGACACCGUGGGUAAAAUAAUGGAAAUGAAUGCGGAUAUGAAUAAUGAGCCGUAUAAGAGAUUGUCGGUACAUAAUGCUGCUACGCUUUGUGGGAUUCCAGAACAGGCAAGACCAGAUGUAGCUCACAAGGUGGAGGGUCUUAUCGGGUUGGAUAUUGAGGAGCUUCACUUUAUUCCAUAUGCUCUCCGGGAUAAUCGAGGGGGGAAAGGACAUAUGAGAGUUGGGUUGCGGAGACUUACUACACCGGUAUAA